AUGGAGCAGCGUGGUGUCACCGGAAAGUCGACUUUUGGAAAUGUUCGCUCAGCGAUUGUGUACCUUUACACUCAGACAGAAAGUCCUCGACCGCAUGACUUCGAUCCUCAAAUGAGGCGCUUUUUCAAGGUGCUGCACCACACUGUGACAAGAGUUGCUCAGAGCAGUAACGAGCGCAUCUCGGAAGGAAAGGAGCCGUUCAGUUUUUCGAUGUAUCGAUCGGUGGCUAAAGCAAUGCUUCAAUCUACCAGAAAACAGGAUGCGUUCGGCCACACUUUCUUGCUCGUUUGUUGGAAUCUCAUGUGCCGCGCCAAAAGUACUGAAUCGAUACGGCACGCUCACCUUUCUUGGCACGAGGACUCCAUCACGAUUACUUUCGCUCAUAUGAAAAACGAU